UGAAUGCCAACAUAAACUACCACUUUAUUUCUUCUACCUCUUCUCUCUCUGCAUCUCACUAAAUACAUACAUACAUGGACAACCCACACCACCGUCAAUUGACCUUCUUCCUCAGCCAUAGUAUAGAUCACACAGAUCCUCCUUCUGUCAAAGAAAUGGAUUUCUUCUCAACUUCAUCGGCACCUGAUCAUAAAAAUAACACUAGUAGCAGUGAUACCAAUGAUGAUUAUCAGAAGCGUGAUGAUCAACAUGACACUCAUGAUCGCCAUGGAAGCAUCACCGCCGAUGGAUCACCAACACGCGCCACUGACCACCAUGUAAACACUGGACUCAAUUUAACUUGUGCAAGUGCUGGAAUGAAAAAAGCAGACAAUAGUGAAAAUCCUGAAACUGAGCUGAGUUCUCUUGAAAACCAAUUGGGGAAACUACAAGAAGAGAAUAGCAAGUUAAGAAGUGUGCUGGACCAGAUAACCAAAAACUAUGCCCAACUACAAGCUCAGUUGUUCAACGCCUUGCAAAAACAAAAGCUUCCUAAGAAUGUGGAAACAAAAAUUGUGGACCCAGGAGCAAGCACGAAAUUAGACGUGGUCAAUAAUGCAUCGGUUUCGGAUGAAAAGACUGAUCAAGAUGUAUCGGUUUAUCGUUCAAACAACGCGGAGGUAAUGUCAAAAACACAUGAUCGUGAUGACGACCCUCAAUUGACUAAACUGAAUCUUGGAAAGCAGGCUUGUCCUGAUGCUGCAGAAGAUGUUCUUGACCGGUCCUCUUCACAGAGUUGGGGAUCAUCCAAGUUAGAGGAACAACCCAAAACUGCAGAACAACUUCCUGCAGAACAGAUUCCUCUCAGAAAAGCCAGGGUUUCCGUCCGUGCUAGAUCAGAAGCUCCCAUGAUAAGCGAUGGAUGUCAGUGGAGGAAAUAUGGACAAAAAAUGGCCAAGGGUAACCCUUGCCCUCGUGCUUACUAUCGCUGCACUAUGGCUGUAGGAUGCCCGGUCCGAAAACAGGUUCAAAGAUGUGCAGAUGACAAAGCAGUGUUGAUAACAACCUACGAAGGCAAUCACAACCACCCUUUGCCGCCGGCCGCCACCGCCAUGGCAAAUACUACGUCAGCAGCCGCAGCCAUGCUGCUAUCAGGUUCGGCAGCCCCAAGCAAGGAAGCGCUAACAAACUCUGCAGGAUAUUACUCUUCUUCUUCAAUUCCCUAUGCUUCAAUGGCAACCCUAUCAGCUUCAGCUCCAUUCCCAACCAUCACUCUCGACUUGACCCAAAACCCCAACAACGCCAUGCAGCUGCACCGAGUACCAGCAGGCCAUGGCGCCACGUUCCCUCUGCCACUGCAUGCGGCAGCUGCUGGUCCCCACCUACUAGGUCACCCCUUGUUCUUCCAACAGAAGCUUCCACCGGCAGCAUUAAUGCCCCUUCUUCAACGACAACCUUCGUCGUCGAUGGUCGAAACGGUUAGUGCAGCCAUUGCUUCGGAUCCGAACUUCACUGCAGCUUUGAUGGCAGCAAUCUCAUCAAUCAUUGGAGUACCAAGAAGCAGUGAUGAUAAUAACAAUGGAAAUGGUGCUAUUCCAGGGUCACCACAGCUUCCUCAGUCAUGCACUACUUUCUCCACCAACUAGCGGAAUUUUGAGAAACUAUAUACUUAAUUUCUCUAUGUAUAUACACAACUUAAAAGAGAAGAUUAGGCAUGCGCGGUGUUUACUGUUUUUAUUUACUUAUAUGUAAAACAGAUUAAUUAAGAGUCACCUCUGAUUCUGAAUGCAUGACUCUAUAAACACAAAUCGUUUGAACCUCAAGUUCGACUUGCAGGAGUGUGCAUGUAAGUUGAUGCUUUUGGUACAAUAGUCUGGAUAUAACUUAUGUUAUAUACGUCACAGAUUUGCAAUUUAA